CUCUCAAUGGCCGUCACACAUUUUCCGGCUUCUGUUCCAACAAGUUUUGCGGCAUUUAUCACUUACAGUAAUUACUUGUAGUAAAACGUUUCUCAAUUUCCACCGAUCAUUUUAAUUUAUUCAAAAAAGAUUAAGGUCUUUGUGUUAUAAACAGAAAAAAAAAAUGGCGAUUCCUAAAGGCGCACAAAAAGCGGGUAAAGUGCAACCGGCAAAGUCGAUUCAGGAGGGUCAGAUUAAAAAAAAUAAAAAACCUAAAUUCAAGCAAACGCCUAAAGGGAAAGUUCAACUGAUUCACAAUAAAAAAAAUGGCAACGCUAAUUCUCAGAAAAUAGUCGAGAAUAAUUCACCUAAAAAAUCAAUUAAAACUGAGGUUAAUAAUUCAAACAAAAAACAAGUCAACAAUAAAAACUCACCGAAUAAUUCAACUAAGAAACAAGCCCAGAAGAAAAAAAAUGAGGCUUCAAAAAAAGUAAAAGAAGAGGAAGAAGAUUCUGAUGAUGACAUCAAUGAAGGAAUUUCUAUACCUGAAGAUGUGAGUGGCUUGGAAGAAGAUGAUGACGACGAUGAUGAUGAUGAUGAGUCGUCUGAUGAUCAAAAAGUAAAUCUUUUAGGCGAGAGCUUAGCUGAGGAUUCUGAUGACGAUGAUGAUGAUUUCGAAGCAGACAGCGACGCAGAAGAAUCAACUAAAGCUAAGAAAGGAGUAAAAAUGUUUAAAGGACUGAAGGCUGAGGUUAAAAAAGAAUCUGAGGAAGAGGACGAUGAUGAUGACGAUGAUGACGACGACGACGAUGACGAUGAUGAUGAUGAUGAUGAUGAUGAUGAUGAUGAUGAAGAAAUGGAUCAGAGUGAAACGUCUUUGAAUGUGUCUAUGAAUACAGAUGAUGGUGAGGAGGAUGACGAUGAUGACGACGACGACGAGGAUGAUGAUGAUGAAGACGAUGAUGACGAUGAUGAUGAUAGCGAAGAUGAUGCACCAGGAUUGAAAGAUCUUCUUGGCAACAGUUUAGUUGAUGAAGAUGAUGAUGAAGAUUUUGAAGGCAAUGACGACGAUGAUGAUGAGGAUGAAGACAUUGAUGAAAGUGAAGACGAAGAAGAUGAGCCUCAGAACACCAGUACACAAAGUAACAACUCAUCAUCCCUUUCUACAGGAUCUACAGACGAAGCAAAUCGAUUAAGUGCCGAAGAAAAAGCAGAUCAAGAUAAAAGAUCUAUCUACGUCGGUAAUGUCCCCAAUGACAUUAAAGAGUCACGUCUGAAGGCCGAAUUUAAUAAGUUUGGUCCGAUUCAAAGUCUUCGUGUGAGAGGCGUCGUUCCAGAAUCUCCAAAGAUGUCUUUCAAAGUAGCUGCUAUCAAGAAGAAGUUCCACAAGAAAUGCAAGACUAUCUGUGUAUAUAUCAUAUAUAAGUCUGAAGAGUCUGCUAUUAAAGCGCUGUCGAUGAAUGGAAAACAGCUUGAAGGAAAUUAUUUGAGAGUUGACCGAGUUAAGCAAGAGAAAAAAAGGGACCCAAAAAAAUCAGUAUUUGUGGGCAAUUUACCUUUUGAUACUGAAGAUAAUGAACUUUGGGAAAUGUUCCUCAAGUGUGGGAAAAUAGAAGAUGUCAGGACAGUAAGAGACAGAAUGACAGGUGCAUGCAGAGGAAUUGCCUACAUAAACUUCAAAUCUGAAGAUGCUGCAACUUUGGCCCUUGAUAUCAAUGGUACAGAAUUACGUACUCGUGAAAUACGAGUACAGCGCUAUCAGCCACAGAGUCCAUCUAAUUCCAAUAAAAAAACUGGUCAAAAGCGGAGCUUCAAACAAAGACACCGAGACAAUUCUCCUAAAAAAGCCAAGACUAAUGACAACGCUGGAAGUGAGGACUCAGGAAAACCUAAAGGAAUGAAAAAAGCAAAAAAACCACAGGAUUCAAGCGAGGCAACUUCCAAUGAUGAUUCAUUCCAAGGUCAAACAGCAGAUGCUAAAAAGAAGGGGAAGAAAUUUAACAAAUUUGAAAAGAAGAAGAAGAACAUGGCUGGAAAAUUAAUGUCUAAGCCGAAAAAGCCAAUUUCUUAAUUUUAUAACAUUUGAUGAUGAAGUUUCUGGAUCCAUCCUAAACAACAGGCAAAUUAAUUUAUUCAUUUAGAUAAAAAUAAAAAAAAAUAUUAGGUAAAUAAAUAAAAAAUACAUAGUAAAAAUUAUUGUAUUAAAAAUUUUUAACGCAGACUAUUUGUGUUAAAAUUUCAAUACAAACUUCGGGAAAUAUGAAAAGUAAAUUUAACUCUUUUUGGAUGUCAGUGACGGCACUAAAAAAAUCUCAACUUGCAUUUUAUUUUUGAAAAUUCGAAAAUGUUUAUUUGUACCAAUAUAUUUAUUGUAUUAUAAAUUGAAAACAAAAUUUUUUUUAAAUAACACUGCAAUGUGUUAAUUUAAUGG